GGGGUGGGAAAAUGGUCAGGUCUCGCAUGGGAAUUCUAUCACGUGGCAAGGAAAUGACGCUGGUGGAGUUGACUUAAACUUGGACAUGGAUGUCGACUGCUACGCCUCAGUCAUUGUCACCGUUAAUGCCCCAGCGACGCUCUAAGAAGGUCUCUAGGCCUUCGACUGCUCCCACGCAGGAAGCCGCUCCGCUCUUACCAUCGUCUUCAGCCAGCUCUUCGCCCAACAACGCUACCUUUCUCUCCCCUCAGGGCUUCAGAUCGCAUCACUUACACAUGCAGACCCUUGCAGAGUCCGACGACUCUUCAGAUCAAUCUUCGUCUCGUCCUCAUUCAACACCAUCGACACCCAAUGAACCCUUACCAUCAUCGGCAUCCCCACAGGAUUCUAGCAACCCUCUUCCAGCUUCAGCUCAGCCCUCAUAUCGAUACAACCACACUCCAUAUUCCUAUGACUGGGCCACUUUCAUCUCCGCGUACGCUUCUGGCAGAUGGGAUCCUCAUAGGACACCGAAUCCCCCUCUCAGCUCUAUCAACCCGGAUUAUGCAGGGCUAGGAUUACGUGGAGUGGUACCGUACUUGAAUGCACCCCUAGCGGAGAGCAAGCCGCGACAGGCCCAAGGCAUUGAGGAAAACGAAAGUUUCGACCCAUCAGACGCGCACCAGCAAUGUUUGAUUGACGAUCUUCGGACUCCAACAUUGGCAAGCCCGUCACCCUCCACCCUGAUGGAUUUACACUUACAAACAUCAACGAGCAAGCGCCCUCCGAACGACGCCCCCACUCUUCCAGAUCCCUACCAUCCACCAAUCCAACAUCGAUCUCGGAACUUCUCGUCCUCAGUCUCAGUUGUCUCGCCGUCAAAGAAAUCCAAGCAUGUUUCACUGCGUCCCUUACCGUUGGGUUCCAGCCUAAGUGUCGGUUCUUCUUCCGUUCGGAAUGGGUCAGAUAUCAAGGCACCCAAAGCCAAAGCGGAUUUAUUUCUCCCUUUACCCCAUCGUCUUCCCAUUCUCCCAUUCGAUACGGUGUCGCCGGGUGCAACUUCGCCGUCGCCAUACAGUGCAGCAAUACAGAGCAAUGCCUUGCAUCCCAACUCGUCCCAUCCAGAUGCGGAGUCCGACGCUAGUUUCGGUAAGAAGGUUCCACCUAUUCAUUCAACAUCCGCUCCCCUCCCACCACACGCAACAAUGCCGCCCACUUUACCUAGCACCAUAUGCAGUACAGUGACGAAUGCUCCCCAUUUCACCGAUUCUCCUCAACCUCAGCAUUAUCAACCUUCCCGCCCUUCCCGCCUUUCUAAUUCGACUCCCAGUCAACCGCUAAUGCAGUCACAGCAGCUGCCAUCGUUUUCUUCGUCGUCCCCUUCAAGUCAAAAUCUAUUGCACGUCUCGUCUCACUUAAGCUCCUAUAUUGCUCCGCCGAAAUUCCCUCAGAUCAUUAAUGCCGCAACGAUGCGCCUUGCAGGCUCCAAUGUGAAUAUCUCACCACUAGCUUUACCCAGUCCGGAACAUGAACUUAUGGAUCCCAUGAGAGAUUUCUGUGUCACGGUUCCUGGCACGCUACCCGAGUAUGCCGGGUUAGUAGAAAAGCCAGUCGAUGUGGAUGGAAGUAUUUCAGAGGGUGAAAACAGCUCGCAUAUUAACGGUCUCAUUAGCCCAUCGUCGUCAUCUUCUUCCUUGGCAUCGACGCACCACAAAAGGAAUGGCAGCUCAGGAAUAAGCACCAUAUCACAGGAAUCUGCAGGUGGGGAGUUUCGCGGGUUUUCGGGAGAAAGCUGUGAAUCGCCUGGAAGUGCAACGGGAACUAUUACCACCCCUGGAGGAACAACGAGGAGGGUGAGGUUGUCAAUGGAGUGGAAGAAGUUUUGGGAAGGGAUGAAGGACGUGGAUAGUCCUGUUGCAGAAGUCGGCAUAAUACCACCUUCAGAUUCGGAUUCAUCUUCAUCACCUGUUUCAGUCUUCCCUGGAUUGAGACGGUCAAAGACGAAAGGGAAAAGCCCAACUCCGUUGCCUGAGCACGCCAUACCGUCCCCUUCAAAUUCGAACUCAUCCUCGUCACUCACACAGGUUGAAGAUAACCGUCUGAAAACUGGUGGGAUGGACGGCGACUACUUUUCUAGAGGCGCCGAGUUUUCUGCCAGCACAUUUAGACGAGUGCGCGAGUCUUGCGAAUCCUCAUCGCCGAACUCGAGGGUUUCCGACUUUUCUGAUGGGCCAGGAAUGCCGCACCUAGCAUUUGCCGACGAAACUCGGGGUAGAGGUAAUCAGGACACGGCAUCUCAACCGACUUCACACUCACACUCAGAUGCCCCAUUCACCACCACCGCUCCUGAUCUCAUCACGACUUCAGAUGACAAUAUAUCGUUGACUACCCGUCCUGCUGUCACUCCGUCUCGUGAAUCGAACCCCAGAUUCCGCCCGCCCGGGCCUAUAUCGCUCUCAACAUCAAAUCCCUCAACCUCUUCUGCGUCCGCUCAUCCUGAGGCUAGGCAGAGAACCAUACCAAUAUCUGCUCCCAUGUUACCUUCGUAUAGCUUUCCAUACCCCUAUACACACUCGCAAGUGAUUAUGCACCCAACGGGAGCGAUGACUGUUCCUGUUCCGAUGUACUCAACCUCAUCCAGUACCGCAGGGCCCUUGAAUGGUGCUGGCAAUAGAAACAGAUAUGAAGGACAACCUGGAAAAGCUUCGCCCUCGUCUUCAAAGGUAGACUCUACCUUUCAGGAUGUAGCUGAACAACCUGUAGCUUCGAGUCUUCCCUUACCCAGGAGAGUGAAUCUCAUGAGGCAGACUAGUGCGCCGUUGCCCGUGCUGGGUCCGAGUAGCCUUGAUAUAGGAGGAAUAACGGGGGCAAUGUACAAAUUUGGGAGUCAUGGAGGAAGUGGAGGGGUGUUACCAGUUUUACCUGCACUUGAGGAUGCGACUGGAUCUAUCCCACCGUCCAUUGAAAUAGAGACAAGUACGAUUAUUGGGGACGAGGGUGGGGCAGAUGCCACUCGUCCUACCUCCGGUUUGGAAGGUUUACCGAUGCUGAAUUCUCAACAACGACAAGGACUUGGCGGGAUACCUAGCAGUGCAUCGGUUGGACCCGGUGUUGGGGUCGGGGUUCAGGGUGUUGGAAUGCGAGCGGCCAAGGAGGAACAGAUGUUCCAUGAGAUUGGAUAUCUGGCGCCUCCCAAUCCGCCGGACGAGCUGGAACGGAGAAGAGCUUUGUACAAGUUCAAUAUUUGGAACACAGGCUCCGACCUCAAUUUUGAUCGGAUAGCUCAUUUAGCCAAGUUAGUGUUCAAUACGAAAGGAGUGUUCAUCAGCUUGCUGGAUGGGAAUGAACAGUGGUUCAAAUCGGAAUGGGGUAUGAAAAUAAAACACACGACCCGGGUACACUCCGUCUGUGCACAUACCAUACUACAAAGAGAUGACGAGCCGAUGGUUGUUCUUGACACCUGGGCAGACUGGCGAUUCGCGAAAAACCCAAAUGUUAUAGGCGUACCGCACUUGAGGUUCUACGCUGGUGCGCCGUUGCGCACACAAGAUGGGUAUAACGUCGGAAGUUUGGCCGUCAUAGAUGACGCUCCGCGGGAAGAAUUUACACCCCGGCAUCGACAUACGCUCAAGGAGUUUGCCGCUAUCGCAAUGAGAGAGAUGGAAUUAUGGAGAGAUAAAAUUCAAUUGCGCAUACGAGAUCGGAUUCAAAGCUCUAUGGAACAAUUCAGUAGGGAAUGUCUUGAGAUCGACAUGGAGCAACAAUCUCAGGCUGAGCGGAGCCCUGGACGUUCCCAAUCCUCUCAAGUUGCCUCUCCUGAGCCCGGUGCACAGAACAUAACUGGCGAGGCGACAAAUCUGCGACUUCCGUCUUCUAUGGAUCGUGUUUACGAUCGCGCUGCGAAAUUGGUACAACGGACAUUGGAUGUUGAAGGCGUCAUCGUCAUGGACGUUUCGCACUGCGAAGUACUCGAGUCAAUGUCGGGAGAGGGAAGCGUCAGCGUGGUGCUCCAUCAUGGGGAUCCGGAUGUACAGCAGACGACGACGAAACACUUGACUGCAGACGAAUAUGCAAAGUUGAAUGCGUUCUUUGCAAAGUACCCCGAUGGGUAUAUUAGUGACGAGGGGUUUGUGCCUCAGAUCUUCAGGCAGUUUUUACCGAAUAGAGUCCAGUAUGCGCUGACUGUACCGAUAUUCAACAUUGACAAGAGGCCCUUCGCGUUAUUGUGUGCGUAUAACGCGUCUGAACAUACGAAACGUUUUUUAGAGGGUCACGAGCUGUCGUAUUUGCGAGCGAUUGGUGUCAUCAUUCUAUCUGCGGUGCUGAAGCGACGAAUGAUCCUAGCGGACAAGGCGAAGAGCUUGUUCAUUUCCAACAUAUCUCACGAGUUGCGUACGCCGCUACACGGGAUACUCGCGGCUGCCGAACUCCUGAGUGAUAGUGACCUCAACCAUUCACAAGUGUCCUUCUUACAAACAGUUCAAGCGUGUGGUACAUCGUUGGUCGAGACUGUCAAUCACGUCUUGGACUUCACCAAGUUGAGCGGGAACUCAAAGGCCGGAGGCGUCGAGAAUGUCAUCCUUCCUACCAAGGUCGACCUACUGCAGCUUGUCGAAGAAGCUGUCGAUGGGUGCUGGAUUGGGCACCGCGCUCGCACGGCCAUCAUGGAAGACACCGGAAUAGGAAGCGUCUAUUCUCCCCCGAAGGAAGACAAUUCUGUCUCUACCGCCAGGAGGAAGCAUGUCGAAACUGUCAUUGAUGUCAGUGGCCGCGAGGGUUGGCUACUCAAAUGCGAGAAGGGAGGCAUUCGUCGUGUACUGAUGAAUGUUUUCGGCAACAGUCUCAAAUUUACUUCCGAUGGAUUUGUUCAUGUCAUGUUGCGCCAUCUACCGCCUACCGAUAGUGAUUACCCUGGCAAGGUAAAGGUCGAGUUAUCUGUUCUGGAUAGCGGAAAGGGAAUCAGUCAAAACUUCCUCAAGAAUCAAUUAUUCCAUCCGUUCUCGCAAGAAAACCCUCUUCAGACCGGAACCGGACUCGGACUCGCAAUCGUCAAUAGUAUAGUUACCUCAGAGAGUGUAGGCGGAAAAGUGGACGUUUGGAGCGAGGAAGGAGUUGGUACGGAGAUUAAGGUUACUUUCCAUGCCGAGGUACCUGAAGAUAGUGAGGAGUCUACAACUUCGUCUGAGAGUGGUCGGCUCAAGUUCGACGACCCUCAUCACCCUCAUACUGUAUCACUGGUCGGAUUCGACAGCGAACAUCGGGGGGUUCAAUUACUCCGUUCGACACUUGAAAACUUUCUCGUUUCUUGGUGGGGAUUCGAACUACGGGCUCCGGAAGCUGGAUACGGAGAAAUUAUAAUCCUCAAUGAAGAAGUUGGUCCAGUAAUAGCUGCCACAGAAAGUCGAGACACGAGUCGACCGUUCGUCGUGCUUUCAGCAUCCAGGGGUAGUCCGGCGAUUAUGUCGGCCGUCAGCGAGUAUGAGUCGAUCGGUGGAUUCUGUAGGGUCGUUUACAAACCUGGAGGUCCUUCGCGAAUUCGGUCGGUUCUCAAGCUGUGUCUGCAUGCGUUGAAGAUAUCUUCUGGACAACCUUCUCGAGGUAAUACUCCGGGAAUGACUGGUAGUCUCUUGGACGAAAAGGAUCAAGUUAGUCAUAAAUCCUUUGCGGCUGGCGGCCCGCUCUCUUCCUCCUUUUUUAUUCCCCCGCGCCGUAAUUCCGAACAGACGACAAAGUCCUUCUCUCGCCGACCGACCAUGAGUCCGCGAUCGUUGACGAUACACCCCAAUUCUUCUCCAUCCUGGUCAAAGCCAUCCGCCACGGUUGUUGCGACAAAAGAAGAAAAACCGGAUCCCGAUACGGUAGAACCGACUAUUUCAGUUGGUUCUGGUGGGACGUUGCUCAAGUCCUCUGUUGGUACUAUCCAUGCAAAAGAGCAGAAAGUCAAGAUCCUUGUUGUAGAGGAUAAUAGCAUUCUUCGCAACUUGCUUGUCAAGUGGCUCAAAUCGAAGGGUUACGAUUUUCGGGACGCGGUCGAUGGGCGUGACGGAGUCAAUGUUUAUUCGAAAGAGGGUCCGUUCGAUGUAGUGCUUCUGGAUUUAUCCAUGCCUGUCCUUGACGGCAUCGGGGCAACCGCGGAGAUUCGACAAUUCGAGAUGCUGGCGUCAAACGCCAGACACAGUCGAAUUGUUGCCUUGACUGGAAUGUCGUCUUUAGAGGACAAAAGACGUGCAUUUGAAGCGGGAGUCGAUGGCUAUCUAGUGAAACCGGUAGCAUUCAAAACAUUGGACGAGAUGUUGCACAAGCUUGGCAUAGCUUAAGGCCCGACUAUAAUAUAUACCGGAUGCUCAUCCAUCUUUCCAAUUUUUUUUGCGACUGCUUCGGACUAUUUCUCCUAUAAGGAGUCGUAGUAGAUUUCUCCUUUCUCAUCUUGGGCUUUUUUGUUGUUUUUCUACUAUUCCUCAUCCCUCAUCAACGACUUCUGUAACAUCUGUGUUCUGUAACGUCUGUCGUAUCUUGCUUCUUGUUGCCGCUUGUCUGUAUACUAACCACAUUCCAGAGGAAUGACUGGCCGAUAAACCCCGCCCACCCCAAAGAAGCAGGGGGAGUGAUGUAAUUAUAUUAUUAUAUUGAUGUGAAAUUUACAUGACUCGAUCAAGCGA